GCUCUAUGCCGUUGCUCCGCUUCCUGAUGCGGCAGCGCGGCGGCCGUCCCUCGGCGAUUGGCUGGGCCGGCCGUGCGAGCCCCUGCUCCGGGCGCCGUCGCUGCCGUCGCCGCGGCAGCAGCAGCCCUUGCUGGCGCUCCUCCAUGCGGCGCUCGCCCGGGAGGGUCUGACCCGGAGCCAGCGAAGGCCGGCGGCUCCGCGCCCGGGCGGAGCGCAUGUUCAGGUCCAAACGGGCAGGGCUGGUGCGGCGACUUUGGAGAAGCCGGGUCCUCCCCGACGGAGGAGGAGGAGGAGGAACGGGAGGAGAUGCCGGGAGCAGCAGCCCCAGGAAGAGCGAUGAGCCUGGAGGGAGCGAGGGGAGGCGCCCGGUGACCGGCGGAGGCGCCGUCGAGGAGCCGGGCGCUCUGGAGCGGUCCAUGGCGCGCGGGGACGGCGACCUGCUGGAGGAGGGAGCGGCGGCGGCGCAGGAGCACGCGGCCGGCGGCGGCCAGAAGGAGGAUCGCUGGUGGGCGCAGGAGAGCGACGGCAAGACGGUGACCUGCUGCCUCUUCAAGGAGCGGGGCUUGGACGGCGCCUCCUCCGGGCCUCGGGAAGCGCCCGCCCGCGAGGGGCGCCCCAGACUGUCGCUGCUGGAGCAGGAGCUGAAGGCCGUCACCUACUCGCUCCUGAAGCGCCUCAAGGAGCGCUCCCUCGACAGCCUGCUGGAAGCCGUCGAGUCCCGCGGAGGGAUGCCCAGCGGCUGCGUCCUCGUUUCCCGCGCCGAGCUGGAGGUGCGGCUCGGCGGCCAGGCGGCCCCGCCGCAGCUGCUCUUGGGCAAGCUCUUCCGCUGGCCGGACCUUCAGUACCCGGCGGAGCUGAAGCCGCUGAGCGAGUGCCGGAGCUACGGCCUCCCCGACGGGCCCACCGUGUGCUGCAACCCCUAUCACUUCAGCAGGCUGUGCGGGCCAGAAUCACCACCCCCUCCUUAUUCCCGGCUGUCUCCAAAGGAUGAGCAAAAGCCAUUGGAUGCCAGUGUGUCGCCUGAUGCCGUGAAGCACAGCCACUGGUGCAGCGUCGCCUACUGGGAACAUCGGACGCGUGUCGGACGCCUCUACACAGUGUAUGAACAGUCUGUCAGUAUAUUUUAUGACCUACCUCAAGGAAACGGCUUCUGCCUCGGACAGCUCAACCUGGAGAAUAGAAACGAGACAGUCCAGAGGACUCGGAGUAAGAUUGGAUAUGGGAUUUUGCUCAGCAAAGAAGUGGACGGCGUGUGGGCUUACAACCGAAGCGAGCACCCGAUCUUUGUCAAUUCCCCAACACUGGACAUUCCCAGCUGUCGAACCUUAAUUGUGCGCAAAGUGAUGCCUGGGUAUUCGAUAAAGGUCUUUGACUAUGAGAAAUCUUGCCUCUUGAAGCAUACCACUGACUUAGAGUAUCCAGACGGGCCGUAUGACCCAAAUAGCGUCCGGAUCAGCUUUGCGAAAGGCUGGGGGCCUUGCUACUCCCGACAGUUCAUCACCUCUUGUCCCUGUUGGCUAGAAAUUUUGCUCAACACGAACAACAGGUAGCUGUUGGGGGCAGAGGAGGGAAGCCCAAGGACCCCAAAUAUCAUCUACCUAGAUUUAAUAUAAAGUUUUAUAUAUAUUAUAUGAAAAUAUAUAUUAUACUUGUAAUUAUGGAGUCAUUUUUACAAUGUCAUUAUUUAUGUAUGGUGCAAUGUGUAUAUGGACAAAAAAUGGAAAAUGCACUUUGGCUCAAAGUCUUUCAGUACUACAGUUUUUUUUUUUAAAAAAAGGAUGGAAAAAAUAUACAGCAAAUAUUGGAGUAAUGCCAGAAUUUUGGCUGUAUAGUUUUUUAAUAGUAAUACCCAGGCCAAAAGCUAGUACCAGUCGCUCAUUGAUAAUAAACUAUUUGCAUUAUA